UAAAUAUAUUUAUUAUUGUCAUUAAGAUUUCGCCCCUCAAAUUUGUUUUUAUUAUUUAAUAAAUUGUAUAUUUUUCGUAAAAAAUAUGUACGGUCGUGAUGAUGAUUUUGAAGAACAAAAUCGACAAAUUUUAUUUCAAGGUACAGCAGCUCUUGAAAGAACAAGUGAAAGUUUAGCGAGAUCGACACAAAUCGCUAUCGAAACUGAAACUAUCGGCAAUGAAGUAGUUUCAGAAUUGGAUUCUCAAAGACAAUCACUAUUACGUUCAAAAAAUAGAUUAGAAGACGCUAACGAACAAUUAACCAGUGCCAGACGGACGUUACAAAAAAUGGGCAGAAAUGUUGUAUAUAAUAAAUUGUUACUUAUUGGAAUUAUCAUAUUAGAAAUAGCAAUAUUAGCAGCUAUAUGUUACUUGAAAUUUUUAAGGCAACAUUAAUCUUAUUUUUUAUACAGUGUUACAUAAAUUUAACAAUUAAAAUAUAUUCUUGUACAGUAAAAAUAAUCUAUAUAAAAGUAGCAAUAAACUAAUAACCAUGUUAA